GCCACCCACGCGGUAUGGCGAUUUUACCGGCAUGGGACCCCAAGGAUACUCUGGGUGUGGCAAGGAUAUAUGCAGAUAAGCUGCAUCACUAUCAGACGCCUGCUGCCUAUUCGUCCCAUCAACAAAGCUCACAAGCCUUGAUCCUGUUGACGGAGAUUUGUCGUGUACUACGAAAAGAGUCUGUGCGAUUCUGCGGGCGUACUACCUCGUACGCUAGAAACCAUUCUAAAUUACAUGCAAGUCAGGCUACGCCGCACCCAGCCAAGAAGAUUCGGCUGGAAAAAACUGUACGCACCAAGAGGACCUGCUCCAACUCGUGAGAUACCCUCCCUUGAGGACUUUCUGGUACUAUCUUCGUCUGUGUUCGUUAUCUUCGUGUCUCUGCCAAUCCUCCGCUCAGGGGAAGAAACCUCUAGCUCUUCAACUACAGUCAAUUCAACUUCAUUCGGAUCGUUUUCAGAAUGACUACUCGAGAUGAAGUUACGGAAAGAACUUACGGGAAUUCUUUGCGCGAGCGAUGGAGCUCUCCAAUCGUGAUCAUUUCGCUGUUCUUUGGAACGCUCUUGAUCGCAUUAGACACUACCAUCAUAGGAACCGCCAUUCCAGCCAUAACUUCAUCUUUCCAGACCUUGGAAGAUCUGGCUUGGUAUGGGAGUGGCUAUCUUCUUACAGUGACUGCGCUACAACCUAGCUUCGGAAAGCUAUACAUGUCACUCGAUAUCAAGAGUCUAUAUAUGUUGUGUAUCAUAAUAUUCGAAGUGGGUUCCAUACUUUGUGCAGCCGCACCAUCAUCUGCCGUGUUCAUUGCAGGCCGAGCUAUUGCAGGCAUGGGUGCGGCCGGGCUCCUCCAAGGCGCCUUGAUCAUUAUCACAAACUCGGUUUCGCUAGAGCGGCGGCCCCUAUACAUGGGCAUUGUGAUAAGUGUAUUUGGUAUCUGCGCGGGGAUAGGACCCGUUCUAGGGGGGACUUUCACCGGCAGCAUUAGCUGGCGGUGGUGUUUUUGGAUUAACGUUCCAAUUGGGUUUGUCGUUCUUUUCCUCAUCUUCGUUUUCUUGAAUAUCAAGAAAGACAGCACACGGAGAAGCCCACAAGCUGCGUCCAAUCCUAAGCAACUUUUGACGAGCCUAGAUCCAUGCGGAGCGAUUUUGGUUAUCGCUGCAAUAUGCUGUCUUCUUCUUGCACUACAAUGGGGCGGUCAAACCUUGCCUUGGAAGUCCGCAAAGGUCAUAGGUCUUUGUGUGGCUUCAGGUUUACUCUUCGUGGCAUUCUUCAUAGUGCAGUGGAAGCUAGGGAACGACGGCACGCUUCCUUUGUCCAUAAUUAAGCAGAGAUCACUGCUCUCAGGUGUCUUGUUCCUCUUCUUCAUGGGUAUGCCAAUGACCGCUUACACUUACUACGUUCCGAUAUAUUUUCAAUCUAUCCAGGGAAUGUCGCCUCUAGCGAGCGGCGUUAACUUUCUGGCCUUCGCUCUGCCACAGAUCGGGCUUACUGUCGCCACAGGUGCCCUAGCGACAGUGUUUGGGUACUAUGUACCCUACAUGAUUUUCGGCACCGCAAUCAGCAUUGUUGGGUCUGGUCUUGUAAUGACCCUCGACGUCGGGACGAGUACCGCCAAGUGGGCGGGUUUCUUAGUCGUAUGUGGCUUCGGUACUGGAAUGUCGAUAAAUCACCCAUACACAGCAAUUCAAGCAAUCAUGACCGCCUUGAGCUUAAGCAUUUCGCAGACACUGUUCGUCAACCGACUUACUGCAGAGAUCAAGAUGAAAACGCCGGAGAUCCCACCAGCCGUAGUGAUUUCGGCGGGUGCAUCAAAUCUUCCACUUAUCGCGCCCACACCGAAAGCGCUACUUCUGCUACGCGAGGCUUAUGCGAAUGCUGUGCAACAUGUCUUCAUAUAUGCGCUGAGUGCUGCCUGUGUCGGGCUCCUGGCUACAUUUGGGUUUGAGCACUACAACUUGAAAAAGGUCGCGGAAGGACGGAAAGCAGCGAAGGAGGCCAGUCAUGACCUGCAUGUGCAGGAAAAUAGGACGAGCCUUGACCAAGCCAGUGAGCAGUGCUGA